AAAAGUAUACACCACAAAAAUUUCUUUUUUUGUUCAGAAGGAAGGUAGCCAGCAACCUGGCUCAGACGCUCGCGACAUGUCCACGCUCUCUUCACUCGUAUCUAGUCUAUCGUCGAAUCCUUAUUUUGGAGCAGGAUUUGGCCUCAUAGGUCUGGGAACAGGACUCGCGGCUGCUCGGCGGGGUACUCAGUUAGGCGCACAAUAUUUGAAAAAAAAAUAUUUGGUUUCUAUCGAAAUCCCCCACACAGAUCCAUCUUACUAUUGGUUUUUAAACUGGAUGGGCCACCGGGUUAAGACAACUCAACAGCUAAGUCUAAAAACGAGUUUCAUACGUCUAGAUAACGGUGCCGUAAAAACCAAGUUCGAUUUUUUUCCAAGCAUUGGAAAUCACUUUUUCAAAUAUAACAACACGUGGAUUCAAGUCGAGCGCGCAAGAGACAAACAAACAAGUAGCUCUUCGAGUAAUGGGACAAUAUGGGAAUCGGUAAAUGUCAAAAUGUUGGGACAAAACAAAAAAACUCUGUGCAAUUUGCUCGAAGAAGCCAGAGAAUUGGCUCUGAAAUCAGAAGAAGGAAAAACGGUCAUCUUCACAAGUUUUGGACCGGAAUGGCGUCCAUUUGGAUUUCCGAGACGUCGGAGGCCAAUCAAAAGUGUCAUUCUACCUUCUGGAGUUGCAAAUGCGAUUUUGAACGAUGUCAAGGAAUUUUCAAAUAAUUCCGAUUGGUAUGUCCAUAGAGGCAUUCCAUAUCGUCGUGGAUAUUUGUUGUAUGGACCUCCUGGGUGUGGAAAAUCCAGUUUUAUUCAGGCGCUUGCUGGAGAAUUACAAUUGAACAUCUGCCUGCUUAACCUGUCAGAACGGGGACUUACAAAUGAUCGUCUCAAUCAUUUGUUGACUGUAGCUCCAGAAAGAUCUGUUAUCCUAUUAGAAGAUGUCGAUGCUGCAUUUCGGUCGAGAGAAUCCAACACUGAAUCGAGUAAUACAAUUACAUUCUCUGGACUGUUGAAUGCACUAGAUGGGAUUGUUGCAGCAGAGGGCCGCAUUUUGUUUAUGACAACCAACCAUCCUGAGAGACUAGAUCCUGCGCUCAUCAGACCUGGAAGAAUUGAUAUCCAAGUCGGUUUGCCUCAAGCACAAACAGAACAAAUUGAAGAACUGUUUCGAAAAUUCUAUCCUGAAGCGACCGAAGCUCAAGUCAAACGCUUCGCGUCACUAAUACCUAAUAACUCCCUGAGCAUGGCUCAACUGCAGGGUUUUCUUCUGUUGCAUAAAGACGCACCACAUAAAGCAAUUGAGAAAACAACUGAAUUUUUGACAGCUGUUAAUAAACACACAUAAUCC